AUGAAUUUUGACUUAAAGAGGCAAUUGCUUGAAAUAACUCCUUUUGGAAAAUCCCUUAAGUGCAUAUAUAAACUAUUUAAAUCUUAUUUGGAGCAAAAAUAUCCUUUCUUUCCUUUUUAUUUAAGUAUUGUAAGACCUAUUUCCCAUUCUAUCAAUAUAAACACAUCUCAAUAUAUCAUUAUAUAUCAUAUAACGACGCUGAGUUUUAAUAAUAAGAAGAGCCAUUGGACCAAUUUCUUCAAUUUUCUUAAAACUCAAUUAUAUAUUUUGCAUGAGAAUUCGUCCUACCCAUGGAUAAUUUUAGCUUAA